GCCGAUACCCUUCUCUCUCCCGUCGCUCUCGCUUCCCAUUUCCAGUCUCCGACGCGAUUCAAUGGCUUUGCCGGAUCAGAAGACUGUUGAUUAUCCCAGCUUUAAGCUCGUGAUCGUUGGCGAUGGUGGCACUGGAAAGACUACUUUUGUGAAGAGACAUCUCACUGGGGAGUUUGAAAAGAAAUAUGAACCAACCAUUGGUGUGGAGGUGCACCCACUGGACUUCUUCACUAACUGUGGAAAAAUUAGAUUUUACUGCUGGGACACUGCUGGGCAGGAGAAGUUUGGUGGUUUGCGUGAUGGUUACUACAUCCAUGGGCAAUGUGCAAUCAUCAUGUUUGAUGUUACUGCAAGAUUGACAUACAAGAACGUUCCUACAUGGCACCGUGAUCUUUGCAGGGUGUGUGAGAAUAUCCCAAUUGUCCUUUGUGGAAACAAGGUUGAUGUGAAAAACAGGCAGGUUAAGGCCAAGCAGGUCACAUUCCACAGGAAGAAGAACCUACAAUACUAUGAAAUAUCCGCAAAGAGUAACUACAACUUCGAGAAACCAUUCCUGUACCUGGCCAGGAAGUUAGCUGGGGAUGCUAACAUUCAUUUUGUGGAGUCUCCUGCACUUGCUCCUCCAGAAGUACACAUUGACUUGGCUGCCCAGCAACAGCAUGAAGCUGAGUUGCUGGCAGCUGCCAGCCAACCUCUGCCAGAUGACGACGACGACGCCUUUGAGUAGAGACCGCAGUUGAUUAUCAUCUGUUGAUGCUCUUUUCCAGAUAUCUUUAUUUUCUCCAUUUUCCCCCAGGGUGAGACUUUAUUGCUAGGAUUGACAGGAGGCAAUAGAUGGGGUGGAUGUUGCUAUGGAAUAGAGAUUUGAGUUUUGAAAACGUCAAGUUUUCCCGGAACAUUUGAAAAAAAAAAUGUGGUGUUGAUGAUGAUUGGGUUAUGUGAAUUGUGAGCGAGUUGUGUGAAUUGAUUAAUGUAAUCGUGUGGAUUAAUGGUCGCCACUGGGCGGCGGCCAAAUUUCUCCAUUAAAUGUGUUGCGGUAUUUGAGUUGAGUUAAUUCCUUUCUUCAAUCUUAUUUAGCUUUCUUGGGA